AUGCCUCCUCGGCGGUCAAUCAAUGAGGCACCCUCCACGGUACACAGAGCAGACAUUUUCUUUAGUUCUGAGCCUUUACGCUCCUCGUCUCGCGCACACGCACUCCCUCGGCAUUCGUUCUCCUCUUCACAUCCAUAUCCGUCGCAACCAUCUCUACACAGAUCUAGAACUGCUCCUGCUCUAGUACCACCCCCUCCUACUACACCCCCGCCUCUUCCUAGAAUUCCGCCACGACUAUCUAGCCUUCAUAAAUCCCCAAAUGUCCCACCUCCGCCCCCAAUUACAGCACCUUACAGUGACGACGAAUCUGAUUUCGAAGCCGCAAUAAAGCUUUCGCAAACAGAAUCAGCUAAGGAAGCUUUAGCAUUAGAGGAGCUUACCAGUCAGGAAGAAGAAGAUUUAGCAAGAGCGCUCGAGGAAUCUCUACGGACGGCCGGUCCUAAAACCCUCUCUUUUUCGUCAUCACACAGCACCAAUUUCAGUACUCCAACUUCAUCUGAACCGAUCGCUCUCUACUCACCUUCCGUAGUCCCAAUUCCCGCAACUCCGGCCACCCAGAAGUCGACAUCGACAUCUGAAUCUUCAGCGUCAAUACAUUCCCCCGUCACUAACAAUAGUAUACAUGGCGAUGAAGCCCUUGCACGACAACUUGCAGAACAAGAAGCAGAGGCAACCACCCCGACUGAUAGUAUUACGGGAGUUGGGACAAUAGAAGAUGAUGAAGCACUCGCUCGCCAAAUCGCUGCCGAGGAGAAUAAAGAAAUGAAGGACGGUGAUUCUACAAAUUCUGUACUUCCUGUUCUACCCCCUACCUAUGACGACGCUGUUUCUCCUCGGCCUAUUCCACGUCCUCCAAGCUCGGAUGCCCUGAGCUCGGAAUCAUCAGUUCUAAGAACGCCCUCUUCCACAUCCGUUAAUUCCGUGGGGAAACCCUCUGUUAAUAACUCCUACAUGCCUCUCGUUCCUCUUCGGCCCUCUACUUCGGACACAGACGUCUCUGCCAAAAUCACGAGUCACCUUGACGCUCUUCCAUCUCUACCUUCAACGUCUUCCUCAUAUCUUCCCGGCAAAGUUGAAGCCACGACAACUACCAAUGGUCUUGAUUCACCUCCUGUCAAUGCAAACCAAUUCUUAGAUGCAGAGCUUCUUCGGGGCGUCUCUAUAGGCUGGAAUAUGCCCGUAAUAGGUCCUCAGACACCCACCAUGCCAGGUCCGAUGCCAAACAUUAUAUCAUUACCCUAUGGACGAUCUCCCCCACUGCAUUUUCAAGCUCCCAACUGGCGGCAUCUGUUGAUGUUAAUGGCUCGCCUUCCCGGAACGAGAGUAGAGCCAACGGUGGAGGCAAUGGCUCAAAAUAAGUUUGAUAUGCGCCUGCGUACGGUGAUUCAAUUUGUGCGGCCUCAUCACGGCUCGGACGACUGGAGGACUGUAAUAUGGCUCACGAUCGACCACCCAGUCUCACCUGGCCCUCAAACUCGCAAAUAUACGAAUAACGAUGUUGACGUUCUACCCUUCUCAUACACACUCUCUCCUAUCCCACCUCUUCUACACAAUAAUGCUGAUACCCCACUGUCGAAAAUUUUCACCGUGCCGUCGACGGAUAGCAAGCCUUAUCCACUUCUACCUGUCACCUUUCCCAAUCUUGCUCUCUACCUUCAAGCAGCUCUUGAGGAGUCGAGGCGAUAUUUGAGCGACAGUUCAAGUGGUUUCAGGAAGCUUACAAAAAUGAUCCAGCUAUGUUAUCCGAGUUCGUAUGAACCUGAUAGUAGUAAUGAAGGAGGGGGAGUUGGUAAGUUAUUCAAGAAGUUUGGACGUGGUAAUAAGAACGGUAGGAAAGGGCAGCGGGGAGGAAAUGAGGAAGUUUACGAGCUCGUAACUCCUUUCGUUGCGGAUGAAUGGGGCUGA